AUGGAGAAAAAAAAGAUAGCUAUUUUAAGUGUUUAUGAUAAAACUGGACUUUUUGAUCUUGUAAAAGGCUUAACACAACAUAAUAUCAAAUUAUUAGGAACAGGAGGAACUUCAAAAAUGAUACGAGAUGCAGGAUAUGAUAUCAGUGAAGUGAGUUCAGUUACCAAUUAUCCAGAAAUUCUUGGAGGACGAGUAAAAACACUCCAUCCACUCAUAUUUGGAGCAAUUCUUGCUCGUGAUUUAGAAUCAGACGAAAAAGAACUGGAACUGUUUAAUAUUGAUAAAAUCGAUUACGUCAUAUGUAAUUUGUAUCCAUUCAAAGAAACAAUUUUAAAACAAAAUAUAACAGUUGCAGAAGCAAUAGAAAAAAUUGAUAUCGGUGGUGUAACAUUGCUCAGGGCAGCAGCAAAAAAUCAUAUUAGAGUUACAGUAUUAAGCGAUCCGAAUGAUUAUUCUUCUUUCCUAGAAGAAUUAAGAAGAGGGGGAAUUUCUCAAGAAUCUCGUAAUAGAUUUGCAUUGAAGGCUUUUUCAUAUACAUCUGAAUACGAUAUCGAUAUAACAAACUAUUUUAGAAAACAAUACACAUCUAAUCAAAUGCAAUUAUCUCUUCGUUAUGGAAUAAAUCCAUAUCAAACAUCUUCAAAAGCAUUUGUUCAUUCUGGAAAUAUUCCAUUUAAAGUACUUUGUGGAUCUCCAGGAUAUAUAAAUCUUCUUGACGCAUUAAACUCAUGGCCUCUCGUAAAAGAACUGUCAGAAGCCCUUAAUUUACCUGCAGCAGCAUCAUUUAAACAUGUGUCUCCUGCAGGUGUUUCCAUAGGCAUAUCUCUUUCUGAAAUAGAAAAAAAAGUAUAUUUCGUUGAAGAUAUAUCGGAUCUAUCACCUUUAGCAUGUGCUUAUGCUCGAGCAAGAGGAGCAGAUAGAAUGAGUAGUUUUGGAGACUGGAUUGCUUUAUCAGCCAAAGUAGAUUUACCAACUGCCAGGAUCAUUUCUAGAGAAGUUUCUGAUGGAGUUAUCGCUCCUGCUUAUGAAGAAGAUGCUUUAGAAAUUCUUAAAAAAAAAAAGAAUGGAAAAUAUUGUAUAUUACAAAUGAACUAUGAUUAUGAGCCUCCAUUGAUUGAAACUCGCCAAGUUUAUGGCAUAUCAUUACAACAACGUCGUAAUGAUGUCAAAAUCAAUGAAGAAACAUUUAGAAAUAUUGUGAGCAAUAACAAAACGCUUCCUAAUGAUGCCCUAAUUGAUUUAAUUGUUGCUACGAUUACUUUAAAAUAUACACAAAGUAAUUCUGUUAGCUAUGCAAAAAAUGGAAUGAUUAUAGGAUUAGGUGCUGGUCAACAAAGUAGAAUUCAUUGUACUAGAUUGGCAGGAGCUAAAACAAAAAACUGGUGGUUAAGACAUCACCCAAAAAUUCUUAAAUUUAAUUUCCAUUCGUAUAUAAAGAGACCAGAAAAAUCAAAUGCAAUAGAUUUAUAUAUUCAGAAUAAAAUUCCAAAUUCAGGGCCAGAAAAAAAACAAUGGGAGUCAGUAUUUGUAACAAUUCCGGAACCAUUGUCAGAUAAAGAAAUAUCAGAAUUUAUGGAAAAACUAAACGAUGUCGCAUGUGCAAGCGACGCUUUCUUUCCAUUCCCAGAUAAUAUUAAUGAACUUUCUAAAUAUAAUGUCAAAUAUAUAAGUGCGCCAGGAGGUAGCAUUAAAGAUAAAGAAAUAUUUGAAACAGCUGAUCAAUUCGGAAUGGUUUUUGUUAACACAAAUCUCCGACUUUUUCAUCAUUAA